AUGGGAUGGAUGAGCACCCUGGCCAGCGUCGGAAUCGCAUUGGGAUCCCCGCUGGUCUAUCUCGACCAGUACCGCGCGAUCCAGAAGACGCAGAGCUCCCAAGGCUUCUCGCACCUGAUCUGUGUCGUGCUUCUGAUAGCGAACAUUACGCGGCUGUUCUACUGGCUCGGCCAGCGCUUCGACACGGCCCUGCUCGUCCAGUCCUUCCUGAUGAUCGGCGCCCAGUUCGCCCUCCUGCGCCUCUGCCUCAAGCACCCCGCCCGGCCGGCCGACCAGCCCGCCCCGCUCGCCGGGAACCCGUACGACGACCACCCUGCCUUCCAGCCCUCCGCCGGGCCCGAGCCGCUCAGGAGCAGGUCCCCGCCCACGCUGCAAGCCGCUCCCCCACCCUCCGCCGCUGCCCCCUCCCCCGGCGUCAGUCGCUCCGCCGGCCGCUCCUUCGACUAUUACGUCGACUUCUUCGCCCUCCUCUUUGCCGUCCAAGCCGCACUCUUCAUCCUCUUCCAGCGCUACGACUGGUUCAUCCAGGCCAUCGGCUUCUUCUCCCUCGGACUCGAAAGCACCCUACCAAUCCCUCAACUCAUCACCAACUUCCGUCGGAAAUCACUGGCCGGGCUCAGCUCGAUGGUCCUGUUUGGCUGGCUGUUUGGGGAUAGCUUCAAAUCGAUCUACCUGGUCUUCAUCACCCCAGACUCGAACUCGAUCCAAUUCAAAAUAUGUGCACUCUUUCAGCUGUCGAUCGAUAUCUUGAUCCUCGCACAGGCGCUGAUCUAUCGGCGCCAGACCAAGCUGGACUCCAUCGAGCUCGACGGCUCUCCCGACCAUUCGGCUUCGGCGGCGGGCACCCCCGACCCGGCCGGCCAUCAGGACGAUGAUCCCCGCUCUCGGCUGAUGAUCGUCGAAGACUCGGGCCAUGUCGUCUAG